AUGGCCAAGCUGGAAAACCACAAUAUGAAUGCAGUGACCUACAAUGAUGUGCAUGUCGACAUCACUGAGGAAGAGUGGGCAUUAAUGGAUCCUUCACAGAAGAAUCUCUACAAAGAUGUGAUGCUGGAGACCUACAUGAACCUCAUUGCUGUAGGCAUAAAAGAAGUGAUACUACAGAGAAAUCACAUGAAUAUACUGAGUUUGGUAAAGACUUUGAAUGUCAUAGUCAUCCUCAAAGGCAUGAAAGAACACAUACUGGAGAGAAACCCUAUGAAUGUAAACAAUGUGGUAAAACCUUUGCACAGCCUGGUCAUCUUCAAGUACAUAAAAGAACAC